AUGAAGUUCUCCAUCGCCUCCACUCUCCUCCUUGCUAACGGCAUCGCUGCCAUGCCUUGGUCUUCCCUCAACGCCAAGCAGUCCAACGGCGAGGAGAUCACGCUCCGCAUCCAAGUUUCCCAGCCCUCUUCCAACCAUGUUUUCGCCCCUAGCCAUAAGGGCGUCGUCAAUGUCCACAACUACGAGGUCUGCCUCAAGGUCUGCUUUCCCGAGGAGCCAAAAUGUCCCGAAGGCUGGAAAUCUAAGAAGUUUGGAGACGGAGAAUACCCUUGCUGGACCUGCUGCAAGGGCAGUGACGACGAUGAUCUCUAA